AUUAAAAUAACAUAGCCACAUGAAUCUUUGAAAGUAUCUUCUAAUUCUUAACCCAAACAAUUUGGAAGUCAGGAAUCUUAUGCGGCAAAUCGCCUAAGCUGCAUGAGAACAUCAAUCAUGGCCACUGCCGUGGACUGGAAUUUACAUGACACUGGGGGGCUUGUGUCAAUUGGGACUCACUCGCUUUAUCUUCGCGCCGCUGGCCCUGUUCGUUCCACAGGCACACCCGCUGUGAUCUGUAUCGCAGGCCUUGGCGACAACUCGGUCAGCUGGACCGCUGUAUUGAGGCAUGUUUCCGUGUUUGCCCGCUGUUAUAUCUACGAUCGUACAGGUCUGGGAAAGUCAGAGGUACCAUCGAUUUUCACUGUCGAAUCAAAGAGCUAUGUCAAUAUAGCUAAGGAAUUGAGACUAUUGCUUAGAACGGCAGAUAUCAAACCGCCGUAUCUCAUAGCUAUGCACUCAAUGGCCGGAAUACCUGGUCGUGAGUUCAUUAAUUUAUAUCCAGAAGAUGUCGCAGGAAUGGUCUUCGUAGACACGUUGACAGAAGAAAACUACAAGACCCGACCCGAAAGACUACCGGCGAUUAUGAGGACUAUGGGUGAAGGUGUGGAUAUGUCAUUUUUAUGGACUGAGAGAAAACCCGCCAUGACAGAGGAAGAGUGGAGAGAUGUUCUCAACAGUGAAGGCUUAGGAAAUGAACAACCGCCAGCAGAGAUCAUAGAUCGACAAAGAAGUGCUACCAAAUUCGAAGCGCAGAACUUGAUACCUUCAUCCGAAAUCUUGGCGUCGAAGAAACAAUUUGACGCCACCACUUUAGGCGAUAGACCAGUUUCUGUUAUUAAAGGUGAUUCUCCUGGGGAAUUUCAAAAAUCCUUUGAAAGAGCUGUCGCUGCAGACAAAGGAACGGAAGAGGAGAGACAGCUCGUCAGGGAUUAUCUGGAUACAGCGGGCGCAACCCAACUAUUGUUACAAUUCAAGCAAUUGAGACUGAGCAGAAAUUCCAGAAUGGUCGAGGCGAGGGAGAGCUGGCAUAAUGUUCAGUGGUACCAGCCGGAUCUUAUCGCUAGAGAGGUCAAGUGGUGCUUGGAUGAGUUUGAGAAGCUGAAAGGCUACGUUGCUUAAGUACAUGUAUUUUCUGGCCUGGUCAGUAGAACUAGGUUUUGAAUUAGCUAAUUGGAUUACAUAUACAUCGAAUCUAGAUAUUUCUAGUCACAAUAUAUCCUCGGAACGGCCAAUUAUUUCCAAGUGCCAAGCGGACGAGUUUCGAUGUUGACUUUUCAUGUCAUAUUUUUUUAAUAUAUUUUAUAUCAUUCUCAUCACCGAUGCCGCUAACAAUUGAUAGCU